UCUAUAAGUGAUCCAUCUUUCAGAAGUAAUGAGUUAUCCUGGAUGUCUUUUGCUUCUUUUCCCAUUCGAAAAAAAACACAUAUUAAAUUGCAGUUUCAGCCUCUUGCUGCAGAUGGCAUCCUAUUUUAUGCUGCACAACACUUAAAAGCACAGUCAGGUGACUUUUUAUGUAUCUCCCUAAUAAACGGUUUUGUUCAGCUUCGCUAUAACCUUGGUGACAGAACUCUCAUUCUGGAAAGUCUCCAAAAAGUAACUAUUAAUGGAAGCACUUGGCAUGUGAUUAAAGCAGGACGCAUUGGUGCUCAAGGCUACUUGGACCUGGAUGGAAUAAAUGUAACAGAAAAAGCCUCUGCUAAAAUGAGGUAUCUGGAUACGAAUACAGACUUCUAUGUUGGAGGAGUAUCAUAUUUACAUCUUGUAAAUCCCAUGGCCAUAGCAAGUGAACCUGUGGGUUUUCAAGGUUGCAUUCGAGAAGUUAUUAUAAAUAAUCAAGAAUUGCAGCUAACUGAAUUAGGGGCAAAAGAUGGCUCUAAUGUGGGUGACUGUGAUGGGACAGCUUGUGGGUAUAACAUUUGCAGAAAUGGGGGCGAAUGCAUAGUUAAUGGUACAACCUUUUCUUGCAGAUGUUCACCACAUUGGGCUGGAAAUACAUGUAACCAGUCUGUGUAUUGUUUGAAUAAUCUUUGUCAACACCAAUCUCUAUGUAUACCUAACCAAUCAUUUUCUUACAGUUGUCUGUGUACUUUAGGUUGGGUGGGAAGGUACUGUGAAAACAAAAUUUCAUUUUCAACUGCAAAGUUCAUAGGUAAUUCUUACAUUAAAUUCAUUGACCCAAAUUACAGAACAAGAGACCUUCAGUUCACAACUGUAUCCUUAAAUUUCAGUACUACUGAAACAGAAGGCUUAAUUAUAUGGAUGGGAAAAGCUCAAAACGAAGACAAUGACUUUCUAGCUAUUGGUCUUUAUAAUAAAGCCUUGAAAAUAGCAGUUAACCUAGGAGAAAGAGUCUCUGUAUCCAUGAGCUAUACCAAAGCCACAUUCUGUUGCAACAAAUGGCACCAUAUACUUAUAAUUCAAAAUCAAACUCUUAUUAAAGCUUACCUAGAUAACAGUCUAAUCAUUUCUGAGGACAUUGAUCCACACAAAAAGUUUGUUGCCCUAAACUACAAUGGUAUCUCCUAUUUCGGAGGCUUUGAAUAUGGUCGAAAGGUAAAUGUUAUUACUCAGGAGAUUUUUAAGAGAGACUUCAUUGGCAAAAUUAAAGAUGUUGUAUUUUUUCAGGAUCCACAAAAAAUUGUCUUAAUUAAAUCUGAGGGAUACAAUGUUUAUAAUGGAGAUGAACAAAAUUAGGUAUAUAAUAUUAGGCAUUUUAAUAUACAAAAUAUGUGUAAAUGCAGUUAUUUUGAUAGUCCUUUCUGUCACAUUGUUAAUGAAUAAAUGAAAAUGUUACCACUAAUAAGCAGUCUACAGAUGGGAGU